AUAUUUUUUUUUUAUUUAUAAAGUUCUCUCCUUCAUAUUGUCAACUCUUCUUGCCAUUUGUCUCAACAUCACCCUUGCUCUCUUCUUCUUCUCUGUUUUCCAGUUUUGUUCAGGGCUUGAGGCAAAAGAUGGCACAGAUCUUGGCACCUUCUCCAAAAUGCCAGAUGGGGGCGCCAAAGCACUCCUUCAUCACGAGCCCUGCAGCUUCGUCGAGGCUUUGGAGCUCUGUCGUGUUGAAACAGAACAAGCAGAGUGGCAAACUAAAGUAUUCUUCCAAGUUCAGAGUUUUGGCUGUCCAAUCAGACGACAGCACUGUCAACAGGCUUGAGGGUCUCCUCAACUUAGACACCAAACCUUACACUGACAAGAUCAUUGCCGAGUACAUUUGGAUUGGAGGAUCUGGAAUCGACCUGCGAAGCAAAUCAAGGACAAUUGAAAAGCCUGUUGAACAUCCUUCUGAGCUUCCCAAGUGGAACUAUGAUGGUUCGAGUACUGGACAAGCGCCUGGUGAAGACAGUGAAGUCAUUCUAUAUCCACAGGCUAUCUUCAGAGAUCCUUUCCGUGGGGGCAACAACAUCUUGGUUAUAUGUGACUGUUACACACCGGCUGGUGAGCCCAUUCCCACGAACAAACGUGCCCGAGCUGCUGAGAUCUUCGGUGACAAGAAGGUCGUAGGUGAAAUCCCGUGGUUUGGCAUUGAGCAAGAAUACACCUUGCUUCAACAAAAUGUCAAGUGGCCUUUGGGUUGGCCUGUUGGAGCUUUUCCUGGUCCACAGGGUCCAUACUACUGCGGAGUUGGAGCCGACAAGUCUUGGGGCCGUGACAUUUCGGAUGCUCACUACAAAGCUUGCUUAUAUGCCGGAAUUAACAUUAGUGGUACCAACGGGGAAGUUAUGCCGGGACAGUGGGAAUUUCAAGUUGGCCCGAGCGUUGGCAUUGAAGCUGGCGAUCAUAUCUGGUGUGCUAGAUACCUUCUUGAGAGAAUCACUGAACAAGCUGGUGUAGUCCUCACGCUUGACCCGAAGCCGAUAGAGGGCGACUGGAACGGCGCUGGAUGCCAUACCAACUACAGUACGAAGAGCAUGAGAGAGGACGGAGGGUACGAAGUGAUCAAGAAGGCGAUACUGAAUCUCUCGCUUCGCCACAAGGAACAUAUCAGCGCGUACGGAGAAGGGAACGAGAGAAGGUUGACGGGAAAACACGAGACAGCUAGUAUCGAUACGUUCUCAUGGGGAGUGGCAAACCGUGGAUGCUCGAUUCGUGUGGGACGUGACACCGAAAAGAAAGGGAAAGGUUACUUGGAGGAUCGGCGUCCGGCCUCGAACAUGGAUCCAUACGUUGUGACCUCGCUCUUGGCCGAGACGACACUCCUGUGGGAGCCAACGCUCGAGGCUGAAGCUCUUGCUGCUCAGAAGCUUGCCUUGAAUGUCUAGAAAACCAUCAUCAUCAUCAUCAUCAUCAUCGUUUUUUUUUUCAAGUUCUAUGCAAGAAUUCUGUGCAAGUAAAGGUCCUGAAUCGGUGAACCCAUGAUCCAUUCCAUGUGGUUUGUCAUGUUCAGAAUCAUGUCGUGUCUGAAAAGAAUUUGCUCUGCAGAUUUUUUUUUUUGGGCUUUUCUUCCUCAAUUGUCGAACUGAAACCCGUUUGGCCUUGGAACUUUUAACAUGUUUUUUUCCCAUCUUCA